ACAUUAACGUCCUGUACGAGUUGUCAGGAAGAAGAAACAAAAGAGGUUUUAGGCCGGACGCGAGAAUGAUGCAGUUGCGCGAGAGAACCGUACGCAGGUGAUGUGUACCUGCGCGAGGCGGCCGCAUGCACGCGCCCUACGAGUCAUGCAGAAUAAAGUACGAUCUAAAGAAGUGUGUGAAGAAGCAAGAUCUCGAUCAGGAAUGUGAGAGUAGCUGAUAGACACACACACCUGAUACGUGCAUGCCAUGGGGAACUGCUGGGCUCAAUGUUUUGGGCUCUUUAGAAGAGAAGCGAACCGGAUCCAAAGAGGAGGAGGGUCAAAGUACUUCAAAAGUAGCACAGCUGGGGAACACUACACUAUAGAGUUUGAGAACCUUGUGGAGAGCGAUGAGGGCGAGAGCUCGCAAAGCUGCCCCAGACCUAUCAAUGAUGAAGAGAUUGUCCACCUGAAGGAGCAUCGCUACGGUGCCAUCUCAGACAAACAGGUGCUGAUGGAUGAAAAGCUGAAAGCAGAGUUAGUGGCAGAAGAGGAGAGGUUAAGGAUAGAAGAGGAGGCAUUAUUUGCCGCCCAGCGCGAGGCAGCGCGGCUCGCUAAGGAACGAAAGCUAAAGGAGGGGAAGCAGCCGUCACAUAAGAUGAAACUCAGGACAGAAGCGGAGAGCAAUGAACCUCGACACAAAGCCAAAUUGUCAGACGGAGAGUUUGAUGUGUACCUGCAGGGUGUGAAAGCACAGUCUGAAGCCUUUCGUACUAACAGACUCAGCUCUGAAACGAAUGUGGUGACUCCAAACACGGAGAGCAGCUGGGACUAUACCAGUAAAACUGAUGCCACAUCACUGGAUUUGGAGUGGGAGGAUGAGGAAGGAAUGAACAGGAUGGGUCACGCAUGGGAGCGCUCCAAAACAGAGGAGGACAUUUUACGGGCAGCUCUUCGCCCAGGUGGAAAACAGUUGGGCAGCGGUCCCACCUCCACAUCGGAAGACUCAAACGCUCUGGAAUGGGAAAAUGAUUUCGUCAGCGCUCAUGCUGAGGACAGCGGUGAUCGUGAUGAUGAGGACUUUGAAGGGUUUGUUAAUCCAGUGCUGGACACGCCCACUGAGGAGGCGGAGCAUAAAGUCGACUCUGAUCAACAAGAAAGAUAGUCCGUGUGGGACGUCAAUUUUCUUCAUUUAAAUGCAAUCUAAUGUCACUGCAGACGUCUAAAACUUGACUCAUUACAUACACAAAGGUAAUUCAGAGUGCUUUACAAAGAAAUAAAUCAUUUCUUUACAAUAAGGUUGUAUUUGUUAACGUUACAUGUAGUAGAUGCAUUAACUAACAAGAACAAACAAUGAACAAUAUAGUUUUUCAAUAUGUAUUAAUUCUUGUUAAUGUUAGUUAACGUCAAUACAGUUAUUUGUGUUAGUUCAUGUAAGUGCAUUAAUUAAGGAAAAACGGACGACGGGAUGUUGAAUUAUAAGAAAAUAAUGCACACCCAAGGUGGUUACACCGCGGGGUGUGCAUUAUUUUCGAAUAAUUCAAAGGACCGGACUCAGUUAUUCAUCUUAUAGCACGGUUACCAAAAAUAUUGCUCUGGUGCCUAUUUUUAAGACUUUUUAAAGGUUAGGUGUGCGGUUAUUAAAAAAUAAUCAACACCCAUAGAACAUUCAACCAAUCAGAUUAAAGCAUUCAAAAAAUAAAUAAUGUUAAAAGAUACAAUGCUUGAUUUUAUAAAUGUUUUAGUAAAUGCUGAAAUUAACCUGAACUAAGAUUAAUAAAUGCUGUAGAAGUAUUGUUCAUUGUUAGUUUAUGUUAGCUAAUUCAUCAUUUUUAGCACGAACAUGAUGAAUAUAAACAAUACAAGGAACAACACACAAAAGAAAUAAAAGACAUGUAGAUCAUUGGGGGAAUAUAAUCAAAACCUUAAAUAUUAUUUUUCUAAGGAAAAUGAUGUCUGUCCAAGAUGUUUGCAUUAUUUUCUUGACAAGUAAACUUAUUUCCCACAAAUUCUCAUUACCGGUCAGUCUAAACAGUUUCCCAGACAGGGCUUAAGUUUAGUCCAAGACUAAAAGACAUGUUUGAGUUGUUUUAACUGAAAGCAGCUUGCAGUGCAAAAAAUAUUAUUCCCAUUUAUAUUGAUAUCGUUUGUCUCUCGAUGCACACCAGUAAUGUUUUUGAGGUUUAGAAAAAUUGUACAACUAAUACAACUAAGGCCUAGUCCUGGAUUAAUCUAAACCCCAGCCGGGAAACCGACCCUUUAUCUUUAAGUUGUGUAACUUGUAAACUUUAAUGGUUUUAUGGCUUUAUUGACAUUUUGUCACAAAUAAAAAUAAAAAACUUGAUCCUAUGGGAUUUGUAAUUUUUAAGAAUCAGAAAAUAUUUUUUGUUUGAUGUAAGGGUGAAAUAAUCUCCACGUGUUCGGUUUGUUGCACAGGAUGGCCUUAAGUAUUUAGCAGUUACAGAUUCAUUAGGAUUUAUAGUCCUCAGGUUAAUAUUAUGCUAAUAAUUACACCUGUAUUUUAUUUGAUUGAUUGAUUUCAAAGUCCCAAUACCAAAUUUUUUUUUUUUUUUUUAAGAAAAAGUCGUUUUAAGUUUUUAACUUGGUUCAGUCUGAUUGCAGAGGCUGAUUAUUACAAAACUGAAUGAAGUGCAAUUGUAGAAGAUGGGUGCAUUUUGAUGAAAGCAUCUUUAAGAUCAUUCAUGUUUUUUACAGACAUGUAACUACUGUGACAUAAAGUUAUAAAGCAUUGUUCUGAGUCUGAUCUACUGUAUACAAGACUCUGCACAACAUUUUAAGGGAAACCCCUUAUGACCAACACUUAUUGCCUCUAUAGAAAAGUAAAUUAAAGUAUAUUAACAUGACACAAGUGCUUUAAACAUUUAAAAUGAGCAUUGUUUAACUGCCUACUGUGUUUUCUGGAUCAAAGGUUUUGUGAUGCAUAACUCUUGUCUAUUCACUACUUUGACAAUAUGACAGGAAAAAGGGAAAAUACUUUGUAACGUAAAUACGCACAAAGUUCUUACGUAUUCAAAAUGCAUUUGGUGUUUUGAUAUUCAUUGGCUAAUUAAACACAAUCCUCUUUGAUUGACCUCAAUACAUAAAUAGCCUGAUAUGCUUUAAUGUUUUCAUGAAUGUGAUGUGUAUAUAAUGGAUUGUAAAUGGACACUAAAGGCCUUUAAUAUUAGAGACACGAGUUGUUGUAGUUUAGGUCUCUAAAGAUGGUGUUUUGAAGGGAACUUAAAUUGAAUAUCACAACACCCGAGAGUCUUUUGUACAGCACAGUUAUUUUUCUUAUUCUAUCAGCUCGUCUAUUUAUGUCAUCUGUAUGUACGAUAUUCACCGUGUGAUGAUCAUGGCAGUGUUUGAUUCUUUUAAUGUUAUCGGUUAUGUUUUAAGUGUAUGACUCAUGCUGUUUGAAGAGUUUGGGAGUCUGUUUGCAUUUGCAAAGGUAUGCAAAUAAAUGUUUGUCUCAUUUAAGUAAACUUCUUGAACAUUCAAAGAAAAGGAUGAGCGGAUUUACAGACAUAGAGCUUCCCAACUCUUCAACAGAACAUAAAAACUUUGCACAGAUUUUUUUGUCAAAAAUUUCCAUUGGUGGAGGAACUUUUUGAGAGUUUGUGACAAAUGUCGGUUCGUAUGAAUUGAAUGUAGUUAGUUUUCAUGAUAUCAAAUCUUCACCCUGGGUCUGAUUGCAAAUAAAAGAAAAAUGACUGGA